AUGACGGUUGAUUCUACCAACCUUUUCUCGACUGAGAACUUGGAAAAUGCAAGUGACAUUGCCAAGAGCAACAUGCUCGAGUUAAGGGCAUCUGUCAAGACCAGAGACUGGUCCUUGCGUCUACUGGCCCUUCUGGGUGGUGUGGCCCUGAUAUUCACUGCCGCCUUGGAGUUUGUGUCGAACAUAUUGAAUCUAAAUGCCCUUGGUGCAUUGAUCGAAUUUAACGUCAUAUUUCUGGGAAUCAUUGUUCUAGUGUUGGAAGGCAGUCAAAUCUCGCUUCCUCCCAAGUUUCAGCACACCCUGCACAAGUUAGUAUGCCCUGUUUCUCAAGUACAUUUGGGGCCGAGGACUGCUGUACUUUGUUGCAGGCUCUUUACUGGUGACUGGCAUGCAAUGGAUGGACUACCAGGUACAUUGUUGGUGGAUUCACGUGCCUGGUGGGGGUUCUGUCUCUGUGUGGGUGGAUCAACCACUAAGAGCCAGUCCACACUCGGAAUUCAACUAUCCAAAAUCAAAGAUCGAAGUACGCAUGUAAACUUGGAAAUCUAG